UCAAUGACCGGUUCUGAGCAAAGCGCUUCAGCUACAAUUGUGUCUGAAUGCUACGAUGAAGAAGAAACAUGGAAUCUAGCCGUCAGCCUAGCAAAUGCCGUUGUUCUUCCAAUGGUACUCAAAUCAACUCUGGAGCUCAACAUCAUCGACAUCAUUUCCACACCUGGGAACAGUCGUGGUUCCCUCUCAGCUUCCGAGAUUGCACAGCGGAUUCCGGCGGCGAGAAACCAAGAUGCACCUAUCUUACUGGAUCGUAUGUUGCGUGUUUUGGCAAGCUAUGAUAUAGUGAAGUGCUCGUCUUCCACCAAAGAGAAUGGCCAAGUGGAAAGAUGGUAUGGUGCAGGACCCAUUUGCAAAUUCCUCACCAAGAACCAAGAUGGGAGUGGAUCUGCUGGUCCUCUAUUGUUGAUGCACCAUGAUGAGGUUCUCAUGAAGAGCUGGUUCCAUUUAAAUGAUGCAAUACUUGAAGGUGGAUUUCCAUUCAGCAGAGCCCAUGGAAUGACGGCAUUUGAAUACCUGGGAACUGAUCAAAGGUUCAACACGCUAUUCAAUCAAGCAAUGUCAAGCUACACUACCUUAGUGGUGAAGAAGAUCCUCAAUGUUUACAGGGGAUUUGAUGGCCUCAAUGUGUUGGUUGAUGUGGGAGGUGGCACUGGAGUUACUCUCAGUAUUAUCGCUUCAAAAUAUCCUCAUAUUAAGGGAAUCAACUACGAUUUGCCCCAUGUAUUAGCCAAUUCACCUUCAUAUUCAGGAGUGGAGCAUGUCAAAGGAGAUAUGUUUAGGAGUGUUCCAAAGGGAGAUGCAAUUUUCCUGAAGUGGAUACUCCAUGAUUGGAGCGAUGAGCAUUGCUUGAAACUUCUCAAGAAUUGCUGGGAAGCUCUCCCUAGUAAUGGUAAGGUGAUUGUUGUGGAGUGCAUUCUACCCAUGGCCCCAGAGAACAUUGUUUCUUCACAGUUUGCGCAUAAGCUAGAUUUAGUCAUGUUAACUCAAAGUCCUGGAGGAAAAGAGAGAACCCAAAAGGAGUUUGAGGCCUUGGCUUUGAAAUCUGGCUUUUCAAGCUGUGAAGCCAUAUGCUGUGCUUACAAUAGCUGGGUUUUGGAGUUCCACAAAUGAGAGUUGAUCUUGAUCAACAUAUUAUUAAAUUUGUGGAAAAUUCUAGAAUAUUACUGGUAUUUCUCCCUCAACCCUAAAAGAGUAAGUAUUUCAUGAUUAUUAAUAAAAGCGUAUGUGCAUUAAUAAUUUCUCUUAGUUUAUGCUCUCUACAACAUGUUCGGUUUUGUGCCAAUGGAAUAAUAUGAUGGUCACCAGCUGUU